AUGGCUUUAUUUGCUAAUGCCAUUGAUUUAACACUUCAUAAAGACCGAAAAACCACCAAAUUAGCGUCAGUUAAUUUCGUCGCGUCCUCACGUGUGUCAGAGGCUUUGGCACAGUCAGGCCAUUUAGCACUUAGCGCUCCCUCACAAAUAAUGGGACAGUUUCAGUUUUUGAAGGUAACUAAUAAUAAUAAUAAUAAAAAAAUAAGGAACAUCUUGUCUUUCUAA